AUGGCGGCGGCCAAGACCGAGAACCUGUCCCUGGUGGUGCACGGCCCCGGGGACCUGCGCCUGGAGAACUAUCCUGUUCCUGAACCAGGCCCAAAUGAGGUGCUGCUGAAGAUGCAUUCUGUUGGAAUCUGUGGCUCAGAUGUCCACUACUGGCAGCAUGGUCGAAUUGGGGAUUUUAUUGUGACAAAGCCAAUGGUUCUGGGUCAUGAAGCUUCAGGAACAGUCGUAAAAGUGGGGUCAUUGGUAAAGCACCUACAACCAGGUGAUCGUGUUGCCAUCGAGCCCGGAGCUCCCCGAGAAAUCGAUGAGUUCUGCAAGAUUGGCCGGUACAACCUGUCACCAACCAUCUUCUUCUGUGCCACGCCCCCCGAUGAUGGGAACCUCUGCCGCUUCUAUAAGCACAACGCCAGCUUCUGCUACAAGCUUCCCGACAAUGUCACCUUUGAGGAAGGGGCCCUGAUCGAGCCGCUGUCUGUGGGGAUCCAUACCUGCCGGCGAGCUGGAGUCACCCUGGGGAACAAGGUCUUUGUGUGCGGAGCCGGGCCAAUUGGAUUGGUCAAUUUGCUGGUGGCCAAGGCAAUGGGUGCAGCUCAAGUGGUGGUGACUGAUCUGUCUGCCUCUCGGUUGUCUAAAGCCAAGGAAGCUGGGGCUGACUUCGUCCUCCAGAUCACCAAGGAGAGCCCGCAGGAAGUCGCCAGCAAAGUGGAGGGUCUGCUGGGGCGCAAGCCGGACAUCACCAUCGAGUGCACUGGGGCGGAGUCCGCCAUCCAGGCCGGCAUCUACGCCACUUGUUCUGGUGGGACCCUGAUGCUUGUGGGACUGGGUGCUGAGAUGAUCAAUGUGCCCCUCGUGCAGGCAGCCAUCCGAGAAGUGGAUAUCAAGGGCGUGUUUCGUUACUGCAACACAUGGCCAAUGGCGAUUUCAAUGCUUGCAUCCAAGGCAGUGAAUGUAAAGUCUUUAGUGACCCAUAGGUUUCCUCUGGAGAAGGCGCUGGAGGCCUUUGAAACAUCCAAAAAGGGUUUGGGUUUGAAAGUCAUGAUCAAGUGCGAUCCCAACGAUCAGAAUCCCUGA